GUUUUACAGAAGACCUGAAGAAAUCAAACAUAAUUUUUGUACUUGGUGGCCCAGGCUCUGGCAAAGGAACCCAGUGUGGGAAAUUAGCACAAAAGUAUGGAUUCAUGCAUGUGUCAGUAGAAGAUCUGAUCCAAAAUGAGGCAGCAUCUGGAAGGAGUAAGACCAUCAGAGAUAUAACCGAGAGUGGUGAAUUUAUAUCAGGGGAUAUUGUCACAGAGCUCCUAAAAGAAGCUAUCCUUGCCAAUAUGGAAAACUCGAAGGGAUUCUUGAUUGAUGGCUAUCCCCAAGAUAUUCAACAAGGAGAACAGUUUGAGAAUGAGAUUGGUGAGCCCUCUCUGAUACUCUGCAUGGACUGUUCUUCUAAGACCAUGAGUAAUCACCUUAUGCAAAAAAGUCAGUGCCUUGAGGAUAAUGUUGAAGCUAUCAUGAAAUGCAUUGAAGCUUACUAUAAAACAGCCGAGACACUAAUUGCAUAUUAUGAAAACAGAAUCCCACUCUUUAAGAUAAAUGCAGAAGGAACACCAGAGGAAGUUUUUCUCGAGAUAUGCACUUCAGUCAAUACUUUUCUGAAGAAGGAAUAGCACCAUUUUCAGAACUUAAUGUAAUGGCAGUGCUGGAACACACACAUGCAUACAGUGUCCUUUACAAAUGCUGUUCAAAGCAAUAGCUGCUGCCUUGAAAGAUUAAUGCAUGUUGUAAACAUUGUACAAAUCUUUGUAACUUAAAUGGUACAGUAAUGAUAUGUGUACUGUAUAUGGCCUAUGAUACAGUUUGCAGUUUACAGGUUUAAAAAAGCCAGCAUGAUAAACAGCAGCUGAGUUUUAUAGAACACACCUUCUUCAUUUCAGUACUGCAAGACAUACUAUACAGUCAAGCACAGUAUUCUGUCAGUAGGAGUGAUGUAACAGUGAAUUUGCUGCUGAACACAAAUCAAUUUUUGAGGCUAUUUAAGCUUGCUCUUUUUUGUAGUGCUUGAACAGUCUGUUUUCUGUCAUUUUCUUUUACAAGGGGAACAUGUCUGCAAUUAGGUUUGCAGUCAUUUACACACCAAAUAAUGGAACUGGGAGAGACUCACACACACAAAAAGCACGAUAUGCAAUACAUGAACCAAAUGUGAAAUAAUUAACUGAUCGCAGGACCAGAUGUUGCAUUGAUAAGACCAUCCAUACAAGUAUCCUAUGUAGUUAUGGCUUGAAAAUUUUUUGAUUUACAAUGCUAACAGAGGGAUAAUAUAUGCUGAAAAGAAAAGUGCCAAAUAUUGCUGAUGUGCUUAAGAUGGGUAAAGACUUAGAGCUAAUAAUGGCAGUGUCGGUAUAUAAAAAAAUUAACACACAUUUAAAAAGACCACAGGCAAUAAUUGUCUCUAUAAACUGAUUGCUGUAUGUGUGACAGCUACAUAUAGCCAAUUGUCAGUUUUAAGUCCUUUAAUUUAUUGCUCAGCAUUUAACAUGGGAAAUUUAAAACAUAAAUUGAGCAGUAUUAAGUUCAGAUUACCACAUGCUUUCCACAUGCGCACACGCACGUACACACCUCUUGAUGACUGAAAUACUGAGGUUUUUCAAACUGUUGAUCAACAGACAAGAAAAUCUUAUCAUCUAUAUCAGAAACUGCCUUCUUUGGCUAUCCACUAUCUCUUCUUGCAUGCUAGAUUCUAUCAACAGUUGCAUUAUCAACAAGCAAUUGAGCAAAAUUUGUAUUUUUCAACCUACUACUCUUGUAUGAAAAAGUAAGAA